UCUUUGCAUAAUCAUUCCAUCGGUCCAACUAUUUACCUUUUGAGUGAUUGCUAUAAGAUCAUGGAACGAACCAACAAGUCUCCGCACCAUGUACAUAUGAGACAAAGACACUGUAAAAUACGUGCAGUUGUGCAAAAUGUUUUCACGAUAUUAAAAAAAGAUAUAUCUUGGCGGUCUUACCGCCUCAAGGCAUGUGAUUUUCACAUGUAGACCACUAUCAGGUCGUGUAAACCCAAGGACUCGUUUGAUUUGAGUCUGCGUAUUGAUUGAAAAGCAAGCAAGCAAGCAAGCAAGCAAGCAAGCAAGCAAGCAAGCAAGCAAGCAAGCAAGCAAGCAAGCAAGCAAGCAAGCAAGCAAGCAGAGUGUCCCUGGAUCUGCCUUGCAUUUUGUUGUGCAUAUCUCAAAAGGACCCAGUAAUUAAAUCACAGCAAUCAACAAGGGGGUUGUCAUGGUGACACUUGAGCGCCACACUCACUCACUGACUGACUGACUGACUGACUGACUGACUGACUGACUGACUGACUGACUGACUGACUGACUGACUGACUGACUCACUCACUCACUCACUCACUCACUCACUCACUCACUCUUGCGGGCUCAUGUGAGCAGGAUUUCCGGGCCAGCCAGCAGCGGCGAUGAUUUCCUAAGGCGUAACUUCAUUUGUUUGAGCGAAAUGUUGCUUUGGACCUAAGAAGCGACAUGGCCGAAGAGCACUUCUAACGGGACAAUAAUGGGUGGCUCCGCCCUCCUGUUUGCCAGCGCCUCGUCCACGCUGGGAGGCCUGGUUUUCGGUUACCAAUUGGCCGUCAUCUCGGGCGCUCUGCUCCAACUCAAGAGCCAGUUUGGACUCAGCUGCAUUCAGCAAGAGCUGCUGGUCAGCUCCUUGUUGGCCGGAGCCCUGCUGGCCUCCCUGCUGGGAGGAAGCUUGAUCGACCGUUACGGCUGCAGGAAAUCCAUCCUGCUCAGCAUCGUCCUCAUGCUGACGGGUACUUUGCUCCUCCUGGUCAGCUCCUACCAAAGCCUUUUGUUGGGUCGCUUGACGGUGGGCUUUGCCAUGUGCCAGUCCUCCAUGUCCUGCUGCAUCUUUGUGUCGGAGAUGGUGAGCCCCGAGCGUCGGGGCCGUUUGGUGACGCUGUACGAAGCCGGCAUUACCGCGGGCGUCCUCUUCGCCUACACCGUCAACUACCUUUUGGUUCAUGUCCAAAGCGGCUGGAAGUGGAUGUUUGCCGUAGCCGCGGUGCCCACCUUGAUUCAACUCGUCUCCGUAUGCGCCCUUCCGUCGCCAGCGUCCCUUCCUUCCCAAACGACUCUUACGGCUGGAGAUGAAGCUCGCUCAAAUGGCAAGAAGGCGCAGUGCGACAUCUCGUACCUUUUCCGGCGCCGAGACAACAUGCGGACCCGCACGGCGCUAGGGCUGGGACUUGUGCUUUUUCAGCAGUUGACGGGACAGCCAAACGUCCUCUUUUACGCCUCGACCAUAUUUCACUCUGCAGGAUUUCACAGCGACAAUUCUGCCGUGCUGGCGACGGUCGGUAUCGGAAUAGUCAAAGUGGCGGCCACGCUGGUCUCCGUGGCGUAUUCCGACAAAUGGGGCAGGAGGCCUUUGCUCAUCGGCGGAUGCUGCGUCAUGGCCUUUUGCCUGAUCUGCGUCGGACUGCUCGGCGCGCAUCCGCUCAACCGUGGGGGGGCGGCGCCGGCGGCACCGGCGAGGCCUUGCGGUUGGGGGCGUUCCGUUGGCAACCACACCGGUCCCCUUCUUCAUCUGCCGGCCGGAAAUGACACAGCGCUUCUCGGUGCACGGCUUCCGGAAACCCAAACGGAAAGAGCCGCUACGGAAUCUUCUCCCAGCGUGGGGGAUCGAGUUCUCAACUGGAUCAUUGUGGUGUGCAUGAUGGCGGCAGUCAGCGCAUACUCCAUUGGAUUUGGACCCAUGACCUGGCUCCUCCUCAGCGAGAUAUUUCCCGCAGCCGUGAGAGGACGAGCCUUCGCGUUCACCAGCUGCUUCAACUGGAGCGCCCACCUUUUGGUGGCUUUCACCUUCCUGGACCUUUUCAAUGCGUUGGGUCUGUCCGGAACCUUUCUUAUGUACGGGAUGAUGUCAGCGGCGGCCGCGCUUUUCUUCUACUUCAUGCUCCCGGAGACCAAAGGCAAGACGCUGGAGGAGAUCGACAGGGAGCUGCGCUUAAACAGAUUUCACCACCGCACUGUGGACUGCUGUGACCUCAUCAGACAAAGAACUUCCCCGUCAGACUACCAAAGAGUUGUCUGUCAAUGAAGCGGUUGAACCGGCAGCUUUUCACAAUACUGUCGUCGCGCACACUGGAAAUGUGUCACAUACUCUGAACAGCAAGAAGCUUUUAUUUGACUAGAGAGGGAUGAUUUAAAAUGAGGGUGCGUGCUAAUGGCAUGGUGAUUGCUUCUUCUAUUUGCUGUUACCUUUUUUCCGACUGUAUGUCAAUUCAUUUAUAUUGAAAUGAAUUUGUGUCAAGGUUAUUGGUAAUGGAUUAGAGAAAAACAUCGAGUAUAUGACUUUAUUUUCACUACAUUUUUAGUAUGUCAAAUUGGAUUACUGUCUGCAUGAUUGUCCUUUAUUGUACUUAUUUCCUAUUUUUUGGAAAACACCUUUCAAAUAAAGUUGCUACCUAC